CAGAGUGCUCAGUCCCUUACCCUUUCAAUAGUUCUGGAUAGCUGCUGCUGCGAGGUGGAGUUGAGUGCGUUAGAAAUUGAGAUUUUUGUGGAGACAAUAUGCAAUGCUGUAGCGUCUCACUGACCAAAGGGAUUUUAAACACGCUGCCUAUUUGGGAUUACUUUUCUCUUUCCAUAUGAAGAAAACAAAAACUUGGAUUAUCACCUACAUUUAUCUUUUCUUAAUCUUGUUUUUCCCUGUUGGGCGACCAGCAAUUUGUGGACAGUCCGAUCCUGUGACAGAUGAUAAGAAUAAUAUCUCUCAGUUGAUUGGAAAUGUACCAAGUGACUACAUUAUAGAAUAUAAAAAUGUUAAAAGGAUGGAAAGUCUGGAUAGUAACUGUUGGCUAUUUCAGAAGAUCAGACAAGUAUCAGAAAGUCUAACAAACCUUGAUUCAAAAUUCAGUGGUAGUUCCACAAACUAUAAAAUUAUCCAAAACCUCCAACUGAUUUUUAAAGGAAUCCGGAAGUGUAUAUCUCAUUAUAAUGAGUAUCCAUCAGAACAGUGUUUUUAUAAAGAAAACAUUACUGCACAAAGAUUCUUUAUUCAUGUUGCUGAAAUAAUUGAAGAGGUUCAGAAACAGAACAUGACAAAUACGAUCUGCCACCCGUAUACCUGCCAGCUUUCCACAACAAACCCUGCACAGAUAGGUCCAACAACAGUUGAAGAUAAAAAAACAACAUCCAGAAGACCAAUUAACACUGGCUACACUUACCCAAGGUCGACAACUAGACCGAUAAAGAAAGAAUCCACAAAUCAAAUUGACAUUUCUCGAUGUUUGUCAGGUAAAGAUCAUCAAGAAGGUCCAGUCACAUUCAACAUGGAAAACCCGCUGUUGAUACCACUUGUUUGUAUUUCUCUUGCUGCUGUUUUGGUUAUUGGAGUCAUCACAAUUUGCAAGUUCAGAAGCAGAGAAAGGCAUCCUGUUAACAAGACAGUGCACAAUACAGGCGGGACAGACCAAGAGGGACAAAGCAUGAUGCUGAAGAACACAGAUGGGGCACAUGUCUAGAUGUGCAAUGAACCGUUGAGCCAUUCCUAAGCUGGUGAAACUCAUAUUUUUGCUUCUUAUUCGAAGCACUUCUGAGUACAGACAUGUUCAUUCCAGAAAAGUAAGAAAACUCCAUUUUGAAGAGAGCUCAAGUUACAAGUUUUAUUUUAGUAUGACUCAAUACACGAUUCUUUGAUGCAAACCAAUACAGAACACAUGAAAAUCUGAAAAGAAUCAGCCUGGCAGGUAUCUGUUUGCAGCUGUUUAAGUAUUAUGAUAUAUUCAGAUGAGUCUCUUCUACUGUUGAAUAGAAGCAAAUACUGAGAAGCACCUUUCCUGCUGUAAGAUGCUCAUUUUGCAUCGACAUCGAAUAACUGUGUUACAGAAUCAAGGUCGCCACAGGCAUUUCCGACGUCAUACAUACCGUUGGAAUGUAAAUACGUCAUUUCCUUCAACAAAAUUACUGAAAACAUGCUAAGGAAGUACUACAUUCAAAAGAUGACAACAUAAUGAAUACUGACAUAACUGUUGUUGUCUCCAACUCCUCCUAAUUUUGCAUCACUUAUGUCUUUUGUAAUAAACAAAUCUUCCUGCUGUAUGACAGUAGUUUGUUUCCUGAAAGGGCAUGAAAGCAAAUGUACUGAAGUUCUCAACAGAUCUUUUCAUUAUGAAAGGACAACUGUCAGAAAAACUGAUGAUAUGGAUUGUUUUUUGUCAAACUAUUAUGUGAACUAUAUCCCAUCACACUGCCCUUCUAACCUCUUCUGCCAUUUAUAAUUGAGAAUAAUUAGCUUACUUAGGCAAUGUGAUUAGCUGAUGCUUUCUUUAUGAGCAUCUGUGCUUGAAAUACUGCCAUUUCUCUCUCCCUCUCUCUCAGGAAGAUAACAAUAGUACUAGAGUGAGUUUAGUAUACAGUAUGAUGGCAUUUUGUCUGUUUAUGAGUUACUAUAAUGUGGUUUGUGAAACUGUUAUUCUGCAAAUUGUCGUGCUCGAUGUAAACAAUGUUCUUGUGCUGUGAAAUUAGAGAGACACACUUAAUAUAUUCAUAGAGGCCUAUAUUGCUGUAAUUUUUAUUUGUUCUCUAUGAAUUUGAAACUGAGGACAAAGAUGGAGGUUUAGGUACAAUCCUGAAAACUGAGAUGCAAGCUAAACAAUGUGCACAAUUCAAUAAUAACAAAGAUAAAAGCCAGCCAAACAUGUUAAUUCAUGUGCUGUGAUUCCAGUGUUUAUGGGCAUUUGCCUUUGUAAUCAUUUAAUGAACUGGGCAUCUACUACCAUUAUUUCAUUUGUAUGCUUUUUCUAGCUUAUUAGUUAUGGGCUUCAUGCCAUAUAUUUCUAUGACAUCACAACGUUAAGGUCACAAUUCAGAUAUUCAACCAUGUCAUUCAGUCUACCAUCUAGUGACAUUUGAUAUAUGAAAUCAGUCAACUUUAAUUGCAAGUCAUGAGUAGCACUGAAGUAACACCUCAGCAUAUACUUAAUGUCUACAAUUAGUAAAAUAUUUACUAGAAAUAUAUUUUAUUGGGACUAUACAUAGAAGUAAUAAGGGUGUAUUAAAUGUACAGUCAGAGAAAGCAUUCCUUAGAACGCCUUGAUUGAUGGAAAUUAUUUAGGCCAUUUGUUACUCUAAACUUGGAGGUAUAUACAUUUAUAUUCAUUUCUUUGUCUUUCAAAAAGUGAAACUCCUUUUUUAAGAGCCCUUUUUGUUUGAAUUUGUCAUGAUUACUGACCACAAAAUCUGUUAGUACCAGUGUAAAUUGUCUGACUGGCUUAAGAGAUUUUAAAGAUGAUUUAAGAAGCUAUGCUAAUGAGCCAGGAUUUACAUUGCUGGAAUGUGGGUAACUGUUGUUUUACAGAUUUUGGUGGCCAUCGGAAAAACACCAUCCGAGGAAACACUAGAAGCACCUUCAACUGCUAAAUCUGUUGCUAGACCAGUCAUUGUUUUGUCUGCUUAUUGAGGAGUUUAGUGAAUGGCAUGACUAUAUCUCUUCCUUGGAUCACAACAUUGCUCAGCUGGCUAUUUAGUGUGGUGUACAGCUGUGAGAAAUGAUGAAUUCUGCAUCUCUCCCACCUGCUUAUUGAUAGAAAGUAUAUAUUAUUGGCAGAAUAUGAAGAACUGCCUCUGCCUGGAUGCAAUACUAAUAUCUUGAAAUGGAAAAGGGAGAACUUAUUACCUGCACUGGCAGAACAAAGCAGUGUAGACCACAAAGGACUGCGUUGCAUAUUUAAAAAAAAAUCACAGUGCCUAGUCAGACGGUUGGAGAAAGGUGAACUUUAAGCAUGUUGCUGCACAGUUAAGUACUUUAACUGCCAUUUGUAUUGGUUGAUGUAGAAUAGCAAAUCCUUAUGGUUUUCUCCAUUGUGACGUAGUACGGUACUGUGAUAAGUACUAGUGGUCAUUUGUAUGAUGCUGUAAAUGUAAGAAUGAUAGCUUUGUGGUAAUGCUUGUAUAAUUCUGAGACCUUGUGCUUAUUACAUUGCAUCCCAGUAAUAAAAUGCAAUAAUUUCAUCUCUUGAUAUUGCAUUGUUACCUAGAUAUGAUGCAAUAACGCUUUAUCUCAUCACAUUGUUAUCAUCCUUUUUCUAUUGUUCAUUGACUAAAUAUUUAAUAUAAAAUGUUACAAUUAAAGAUACUUUGAUACGUUACAAUACUGAACCUUAAAUAUAAUAAAACAAACCUUGGAAUAAAAUAUAAAGGAUGUAAGACCUGCCUUAACUACUAAAUGCUAAACUAAAAUUAUAAUCAAUGACAUCUCUUAGUGACUGUUCUAAUGGAAUGAAAUGUUAUAUAGGGUAUCAGAGCUUUAUGUCCUGAAAAUGUGUCAGUGGAAAAUGAAAAAUGGCAGCUGUGAGCCAGCAAUGUUUUCUAAAGAGGUCACAGGUUUAAGAAUCAAGCAAUCUAGACUUCAAAUCGUCUAAGAUUUACCUAAAAUUUGAACAACUAAUGAAACAACUCCACGUAAUUGUUUCUGCACCCUAGAUACAGCUGAAAGAAAACCCUAAGAAAAACAUAGAUGGUGUGUCUUUUAUAAGCUACCCUCGCAGUGAACAGUGAAUACCAUGUCAAAUAAAAGAACAAUGUAAAAGCCAAAUGUAAUAUUAUAAAAACUGACAUGAUGUAAACAAUUCUUUGUCCUAUGUUCCAGUUUCUGAAACAUAUCCACAAAGUCAAGUCUAAAGGAUCAGUAACUCUCUAGCUGAAGUCAAUAUUUCUGUUAAAUAAAAAUCUUGUUUAUUUUCAAAACUUUGUAAUUAUUACAGGCAGAAAGACAGAGGCUAGAUAUUAAUAUUAACACAUAUUUUCAUUGGCUAGUGGUAAAGUACAUAGCCAAUGACUGCAGUUGUGAGGUCAGCACAGUGAACGUGAUGCUGGAAAAUACACCACAUUAACCAUAAUGUGGGUAACAUACAACACUGUAUUGUGACACAUUGUCAUUAGAAACUUUCUCAAAACCACAUUUUUUCUUUUCCAGUUGUAUUUUAUCCCGUGUUGGCUGCUAUGUCAUGUUGAGUACGAUUAAUGUUUUGAGCCUUGCAGUCCUUAAGAAAAUGUCAUGUCGUGAACAUAUUUUAUAAGAUGGUUGGUGUUCUGCAUGUUAAUAUCUUAUAUUUAUUUUAUUUAUGCACAGAUUUGCUAACUGCAAUAAAUUUACAACAUGCAACAUCCAAUUUCAUGACUGCCACAAGAAAACAAUAACUGACAAACAGGAGGUUGGAACUAUUCCUUCAUUACCAUGAGCAACACACACACACACAUACACACACACACA